CAAUCUUAACCUUCAUUUUCUGGUACUCCGCAUAUGACAUCGCCGUUUCACACCACAACCCAUUUGAUUGAUGCGCCACAAUCAGCAGAGUCUCUUGUCGCCAUCCAAUCAUGUGAUUGGGCUUACCUUCCUGACUAAGAUAUUAAAUCUCCAUAUUCUAGGCCACCAUCACUCAAGAUUACGAACGCCCUUUAUUUGGGCAAUAAAAGAUACCAAUAUAACCCCUUGCUACCUCUCCAUACGUUUCCGCCUACUUUGUUAAUAACUGUCGGCGCCGUGCGCAAUCCGAGCCCCGAAUCUCUCCCUCCUGUAACAACAAUGAUCCUCUGGAAAGGCCUUGGAUUCAACUCAACGUGACAUGAUAUCAUUUGUCAGUGCAGGAGCUUGAGGACUGCUCCCUGAAUGUGGGAUUCUCACCGCAUUUGUCUGUGAUCUGUCCACCAUGCCUUCAUCAUCCGAUUAUCUAAACCCCCACGGCCGUACCAGCAUUGCUGGUGAUUCCGAUUCGGACGACGAUCUCGACUUGGAGGAGCUUGAUCCAAGUACAGCAACUAUCAACUCUCCACAUUCAAGGAACGACCCAGCCAAACAAAAAGAUCAUGGACCGGGGAUUGCGCUGAGGAAUCUGCGCAUGGGUGUUAGGGGUCGGAUGUGGGGGCGAAACGAUUCGGGGACCCAUAUAGGAUCGGAGGAUAUGGACCAUCUGCUCGAAGAUCGGGACGAUGAUGGCCUUCGUGGAUCUCAUGCAAACUCUCGCAAUUAUACCGAUGACGAUGCGCCGCUACUCGAGGGAGGCAGACGUAGUUCCACUCGCUCGUUUGCAGAUGAUGAGCGGGUGCCGCACAAAAGUCGUCGGUUCCGCUUCUCGGGUAUCAAAGCAGCAAGUUUCUUAUUUGGCUCUUCGGCGUCAAAUGGGAAUGAGAAUGUGGUAGCAAAGCCCCCACGUGAUGUCUUUGUAGGACAGUUGCAAAGGUCCAAGUAUCCUCCAAAUAUUGUCUCGAAUGCGAAAUACACCCCAUGGAGCUUCUUACCUCGUACAUUGUACAACGAAUUUUCGUUCUUUUUCAACAUCUAUUUCCUCCUUGUCGCGCUUUCGCAGAUAAUUCCUGUGCUUCGAAUAGGCUACAUGUCCUCUUAUAUUGCACCCUUAGCAUUCGUCGUUUCCAUAUCACUUGGAAAAGAAGCUUUGGAUGAUAUCGGUCGCCGGAGAAGGGAUGCUGAAGCGAAUGCAGAGGAGUUUUCCGUGCUAUCGUUCGAUAAGCCCUCUGGAAGACAGCCGGUCUCUGCGUCUGGCGAUGUCAGUCCUGAGGUCGAAAAUGCCAUGCAAGUCACUAAGAAAUCCCGUGAGUUAAAAGUUGGUGACGUCUUGAAAAUUCGCAAAAACCAACGUCUUCCUGCCGAUGUCGUCAUCUUAAAAAGUGUCUCGAAUGAUACUGCUCGGCAAGAUUCAGUGACGGAAGCACCCGCGGAGCUCAUACAGGCGGACCAGGAAUCAGCGGAGCCUAGCUCAAGCAUUGCGGCAGGAGCAACAAAUGUCUCACCGGCUAGUGAUACCUUCAUUCGCACAGAUCAGCUGGACGGUGAAACGGACUGGAAACUACGUCUACCAUCUGUACUGUCCCAGAACCUUUCGCUCGAGGACCUCACCAGGCUGAAAGUUACUGCAAGCGCACCGGAUAAGAGCGUCAAUGACUUCGUCGGUACCAUCGAGUUAGGGCCACCUGCCGGAUAUUACGACCCCCAUGUCGAUAAGACAAACAAUGGCGACGAUUCUGGUACCGAAGGGGCUCAAGCCAAAUCUGCUCCUUUGACUAUUGAUAAUACGGCCUGGGCUAACACGGUGCUUGCAUCAAAUACGAUAACAUAUGCCGUCAUAGUCUAUACCGGUUCACAGACGCGAGCGGCUCUCUCAACAUCCGCAUCUCGCUCGAAAGUGGGGUUGUUAGAAUUUGAAAUCAACAACUUGACCAAAAUUCUAUGCGUCUUGACACUCACACUGUCGAUAAUUUUGGUUGCUUUGGAAGGGUUCCAACCGACUAAUGAUAAAAAGUGGUAUGUCGCGAUCAUGAUCUAUCUUAUCCUCUUCUCGACCAUUAUCCCUAUGAGUUUGCGGGUCAACUUGGAUAUGGCCAAAUCAGUGUACGGUCGUUUCAUCGAACGGGAUAAGGACAUACCUGGCACUGUUGUCAGAACAAGUACCAUACCUGAGGAUCUUGGUAGGAUUGAGUAUCUUCUGUCGGACAAGACAGGAACUCUGACUCAGAACGAAAUGGAGUUGAAAAAGAUCCAUGUUGGAACUGUCUCGUAUGCCAAUGACGCUAUGGAGGAGGUGGCCUCAUAUGUCAAACAGAGCUUUUCUGGUAGUUCCUUGACUACCCCUUUAACCGCUUUCGGAACUCAAACGGGACUUGGGGCCGCUCCCCGUACACGGAGAGAGAUAGGUUCGCGCGUGAGAGAUGUUAUUCUAGCCCUUGCUCUAUGUCAUAAUGUCACGCCGACAACGGAUGAAGAGGAUGGUGUGAAGGUAACAAACUACCAGGCCUCUUCGCCGGAUGAGAUUGCCAUUGUCCGGUAUACAGAGGAAGUUGGGCUCAAGCUAGCCUACCGUGACCGCCAGACAAUAGUUCUCGAAUCUACUCACACUCGGAGCGUUGUUGUACGUGUCCGCAUUCUCGAGAUCUUCCCUUUCACCUCGGAUAGCAAGCGUAUGGGCAUUAUCGUACAAUUUGAAACGGAUGAGGGGAUACUAGAAUCUCCCAAACAAGAACGAGAAAUCUGGUUUUAUCAAAAAGGAGCUGAUACGGUCAUGUCCUCGAUCGUUGCAGCAAACGAUUGGCUUGAUGAGGAGACCGCCAACAUGGCUCGGGAGGGCUUGCGUACUCUGGUUGUGGGAAGGAAACGGCUCUCCUUGCAACAGUACCAGGAAUUUGAUGCGAAGUAUAAGCAGGCGUCGCUCGCUCUCCAAGGCCGAGACGUUGGGAUGACCAAGGUGAUUAGUGAAUAUCUUGAACGAGACCUGGAACUCCUUGGGGUAACCGGCGUCGAAGACCGCUUACAACGAGAUGUUAAGCCGUCGUUGGAGCUUCUCCGCAAUGCUGGUAUUAAAAUCUGGAUGUUGACGGGCGAUAAGGUGGAGACAGCACGCUGUGUGGCAAUCUCUGCAAAACUAGUUGCGAGAGGACAGCACAUUCAUACAGUCGCCAAAGUCAAAGACAAAUCAGCUGCCCAGGAAGCUUUGGACUUUCUACGCCAUAAGACUGACUGCUGCCUGCUCAUUGAUGGCGAAUCACUCGCUCUCAUGCUCCGUCAAUUCCGAUCGGCAUUCAUAUCAGUUGCCGUCUUGUUGCCCGCUGUUGUUGCGUGUCGAUGUUCCCCAACCCAGAAAGCCGAGGUUGCGGACUUGAUUCGUCAGCAUACUAAAAAGCGAGUGUGCUGCAUCGGUGAUGGUGGAAAUGAUGUGUCCAUGAUUCAGUCUGCUGAUGUGGGGAUCGGUAUUGUCGGCAAAGAAGGACGCCAGGCCUCCCUCGCGGCCGAUUUCAGCAUCACACAGUUCCAUCACAUCACCAAACUCCUGGUCUGGCAUGGACGCAAUUCCUACAAGCGGUCUGCCAAAUUGGCGCAGUUUAUUAUGCAUCGCGGUCUGAUCAUUAGUGCCUGUCAGACUAUGUACAGCAUAGCCAGCCAUUUUGAUCCUAAGGGUCUAUUUAUCAACUGGCUCAUGGUCGGCUAUGCUACUGUCUACACCAAUGCCCCCGUCUUCUCCCUGGUCCUUGACCGCGACGUUGACGAGCACCUCGCGAACCUCUACCCUGAAUUGUACAAAGAACUCAAAUCCGGCCGCAGCCUAAGCUACCGCUCCUUCUUCACCUGGGUCCUGAUCUCUGUAUACCAAGGCGCCGUAAUUCAAGGCCUAUCCCAGAUACUCCUAGACACUAUCUCUGGACCCCGACUUAUCAGUGUAUCAUUCACAGCCCUGGUGAUUAACGAGCUCCUAAUGGUUGCCAUCGCCAUAACCACUUGGCACCCUGUAAUGAUCUUCUCACUCCUGGGCACAGCCCUCCUCUACGCUGCUACUGUGCCCUUCCUCGGCGAAUACUUCGAUCUGGAGUUUGUGAUCACUGUGGACUGGGUCUGGCGUGUCGUCGCGGUCUGUGCAGUGGCUGUCAUCCCCGUCUGGGCUGGGAAAUUGAUCCAACGAUCCUGGCAUCCCCCCAGUUACCGGAAAGUGAGGGGCUAAGCUAAUCUCUUGCCUUUUCAUUUACCAUAUUAUCCUCCCUUCAUUUUCUCUUCUUGUGUUUCAUGUCUUUUAAGAAUAUUCAUCGGUUGAAAGGUGUUUGGAGCGAGCACUUUCCCUUUACAUACUGUAUACACACUUAUAUCCUUUCAGUUGAAGCAAUUUUCUUUCGAAUUUAGCUCCCGAUUACUCUCAUGGUUGAUAUAUAUAUUUUAGAAUUGACUGGUUUACAUACUGUAUCUGUUUCUGGACGUCUGUAGUGUUUUAGAAUUUAUAUGAUGUUCCGUUGAGGUAGACUAGUGAUUAUAUUUACUCACUACUUAUAUUAACAAUGAUUUUCCGUUGCGAAUGGUAACUCUCCUGAUGCGCAGCAAUCAUGUACAGAUCUUGCAAAUAUGAGGAAGAAGGUUGUCUUCCUUUGCUAGAGCAG